AGGAGCUCCGAAGCCCUUCCCUGCCUCGCCAGCAUGAAUCAAGCCGUGUUUUGGAACGUGCUGGAAUACGUUUGCCGACUGCUGGGCAUCUCAACCGGAGCAGUGCUCCUUGGUGUGGGCAUAGACACACUCCUGCAUGGACAGUUUAAGAGCCUGGCUCUUUAUCUCCUUAUUGCAGGGAUGGCUGUUUUUCUGUGGGAAGUAGCGUACUUUGCCAGCCUCCUUUUGAUCGCCUGCUUCAGCCCCAGGAUGGGACCCAUGGUGCACACUUGUUGGGCCCGAGCCAAACGUCGUGGGGCUUUCCAGAAAUUCCUAGCCUAUGCCCUGCUCUCUGUAGCCUGCUUUGUCAGUCCUGUCCACGUCUGGCAGGUCAUAUUCCCAGGCACCCUGCUAGUGCUGACCAGUCUAGCCUAUUUCCUGCUCAGUAAGCAACAGAAAGAAGCCACAGGAAAUGGACCACGAGAACAGAACAGUGACCCCUGUGAUGCAGUUAUAGAUGAAAUGGCUGAAGACAAGAGUAGACAAACAUCCUCUUUCCGCCGUAAAUUCAGUUCCCUUGAUGGAUAUCUGAGGAGCCUCUUCAAGGGCUGCAAAAGGCCGGAUGCUUUCUUGGCCUCUUCAAGCAUUCUGUCUGUGAGGAAGCAAGCGGACUUUGAGGAGCAGGUAGAGCAUAUGAUGCUGCCUCUCAGAGGAGAGCCAGAGGGCCUGGCCAAGGAAGGCACAUCUGAAACGGCCCUCAUCCUUUCUCCCCAGAUGUGAUGCCCCAGGCACCUCAAGAAUAAGCUCUUCUCUCCCAGCCCAGAGAAGUCUAAGGAAGGGACACGUUUGGCAAAAGCCAGCACUCAAGAAUCUUGACUGGUUGCUCUCUUUGCCAUAUUUCACUGUCAUUACCAAAGGG